AUGGAUAAUACCGACAACCUGGUGAUCCCAAAAUGGGUAUCCUUCACUAAAGAGUGGCAUACAAAACCAUACCCGGAUAUUUCCCCCAGUCGUAGUGGUCUGUCUGCUGCUGGGAAGAACGUGGUUAUUACAGGAGGCGGCACAGGCAUUGGGAAAGCCGUCGCCAUUGCAUUCGCCCAAGCCGGAGCCAACAGUGUCUCCAUCCUAGGAAGGCGGCUGGAUAGACUUAAAAGCAGCGUCAUUGCGAUUUCGGCCGCCACUCAGUCUAACACCCAAGUCCUUUACAGAAAAGCAGAUCUUACAGAGCAUGCGCAAGUCCAAGAUGCACUUGCAAGUAUUACAAGCGCAGUAGGCAAGGUGGACAUAUUUGUUAACAAUGCAGGCGCACUUCCACCCCCAGGGUUGGUAGCAAAAUACAAUGCAACAACAUUUAUGGGAGCCUUUGAGAUGAAUGUCCUUACAUCGCUCAAUGCUAUUCAAGCAUUCAUUCCUCUCGCCGGGGCUGAUCCGAUACUACUCAAUAUAUCUACUAACCUUGCGCAUGUACGGCCUAUGGCUGGCAUGCCAGCGUAUGCGGCAAGCAAGGCGGCACAGCUUAAGAUGGUCGAGCAUUUUGCGGUAGAGAACCCGGAGCUACAUGUUGUCAGUCUUCAACCAGGGGUUAUUGCGACGGAAAUUGCUGGCCCUGACUCUAAUGUACAAGGUCAGGACGAAGUAGUCGAAUUACCAGCGCAUUUCUGUGUGUGGUUGGCGUCAUCUGAGGCAAAGUUCUUGAAAGGGAAAUUUGUAUGGGCUAAUUGGGAUGUUCCUGAGCUGCUGCAACGGGCCGAGGAGAUUCGCGACUCGCGACUGCUUACAAUCGGCCUGGCCGGUGUUGCAAUGUAA